UUCUUUUAUGACGUUGUUCAUAUAAAUAUUAAAUCCUAUGUUAAUAACUUCCGCUACAAUCAUCCAUGCACGAUGCAUGACUACUGCCACGUUAUUGUGGCGUACUGAAUUACGCUUCUCUAAGAAACAAUUUCCCUGUUUGUCUUAGGUUCGAGUUCUUACUUCUACAGACCACUGUUUUGCCUCAAGGAGAAGGAGUAAGGGGUAUUUUCAGUACUCCCUCGAGACAAUGUCUGAACCAAGUGGACAGACCUGCGUUUGAUGGUUGUCAAGAUCAAGUCACUCACCCACCAUUUAUUUUCAUGCGGGGCUUCAUCAUCUCUACAGCGUUUACCUAAAAAGUCAAAUACAAGUUUGGGACGUGGUCAGCGAAAGCAAGUACUUAGCUUGGAGUAACGAGGUACAUUUGACAUCAUUUUAAAGUUCCGCGGAGAUGGUGGAUAAAACCCCAGACGAGAUAGCGAACCAUUUAAGAAACCUUAGCAUUGCCAAGGAAUUGGGUGAUAAGGUUGGUGAGGGACAGGUCUAUUGCCAUCUGGGUGAAGCAUUUUACAGGAUUAAAGAUUUCAAAAAGUCUCUUGAGUACUUCCUCAAGGGUUUAAGCGUUGUCAAAGAGAUUGGAGACAGGUCUUGGGAAGGCAGAAUUUAUGGAGGUCUGGGGCACGCCUUAUACCGAAUGGGUAAUUUUAAACAAGCCGUAAAUAACCACACCAAAGAUCUUUGUAUAGCCAAAGAAAUGAAGGACAGGGCUGCAGAGGGAAGAGCUUAUGGCAAUCUGGGAAAUGCACAUGACAAACUAAACAAUUUUGAUCAAGCCAUAGAAUCUCACAAACUAGCUCUUAGUAUUGCCCAGGAAGUGGGGGACAAAUCUGAAGAGGGAAAUGCCUACGGAAAUCUGGGCGUUGUGUAUAAUCGUCUGGGUAAUCUUAAACAAGCCAUAGAGUACCAUAUGAAACACCUUAGUUUUGCUAAAGAACUGGAGGACAGGGUUGGAGAGAGAAGAGCUUAUGGGAACCUGGAAAAUGGUUAUAGAGGUCUGGGUAAUUUUGAAAAAGCCUCAGAGUAUUACAUCAAAAGAAUCAAAAUUUCCAAAGAGAUGGGGGACGAUUCACGGGUGGGAGAUGGGGCUUGGGGAGGAAAUAGCAACGAAGAUCUAGUUUUAGGUGUUGCUUUUUACAAAGAAGGUGAUUUCAAACAAGCUAUAGAGCACCUCACAAAACAUCUAUGUGUUGUCAAGCAACUGGGGGACAGGCCUCGAGAGGGAGACACCUGUGGAAUUCUGGGUAAUGUUUACCACAAGCUGGGUAAUUUUAAGCAGGCCAUCGCGUACCAAGAUCAAGCUCUUAGUAUUGCCAAAGCAAUGGGUGAUAAGACCAAAGAAAGUACGGCCUAUAGUGGUCUCGGCAAUGCUUAUCAUAGUCUGGGUAGUUUUCAACAAGCAAUAGAGUACCAUUCAAAAGAUCUUAGAAUUUCCAAAGACGUGGGGGACAGAGGAGGGGAGGGAACUGCCUAUGGGAAUUUGGGCAUUGCUUAUUACUGUCUGGGUGAUUUUAAACAAGCAGCAGAAUAUCACAAACAACAAUUAAGUAUUGCCAAAGAAGUAGGAGAUAGGGCUAGGGAAGGAUUCGCUUUUGGAAAUCUGGGCAAUGCUUAUGAAAGGCUGGGGUUUUACAAGCAAGCCAUAGAGUGCCAUAAUCAGUGUCUUAAUAUCGCGAAAGAAUUGGGGGAUAGAGCUCGGGAGGGAGGUGCCUAUGGUAAUCUUAGCAUUUGUUAUCAUAGUCUAGGUGAUUCUAAACAAGCCAUGGAGUAUGCCGAAAAACAUCUUCGUAUUGCAGAAGUAAUGGGAGACAACAAUGGGAAAAAAAAUGCUGAAGCAAAUCUCGGAAAUGCUUAUUACCAACUAGGCGAUUUUAAACAAGCUAUAAAGCAUUACAAACAAACCCUCAGUCUCGCAAAAGAACUGAGUGACAAGGCUGGGGAGGGAACGGCGUAUGGAAGCAUAGGAAAUGCUUAUGAAGGCCUACGUAAUUUCAAACAAGCUAUAGAGUAUCUCAUGAAACAUGUUAGUAUUGCCAAAGAGUUAGGAGACAGGGCUGGGGAGGGACGUACCUACUGUAACCUAGGCAACGCUUACCAUAAUCUAGGUAAUCUUGAAAAAGCCAUAGAGUACCACAGUCUAGACCUGGCUAUUGCCAAAGAACUUGGCGACAAAGCUGGAGAGGGAAUUGCAUGCUAUUCACUAGGCCUUGAUUUCGAUAAGAAGGGUUCUUUUAGUGAGGCUAAGGCAUAUUAUCAAUCGAGCAUAAGGCUCUUUAACGACAGAAGAGCUCUUUUGGAGUCAGAAGAUGACUGGAAGAUCCAUUUUCGUCAUCGCUAUCGAGAUGCGUACACUGCUCUGUGGAGAACUCUUCUCAAGAAUGGAGAGACUGACAAGGCUUUGUGUGCUGCUGAACAAGGACGAGCCCAGGCGCUGACGGAUGCAUUGAAGGAACAAUAUGGCAUUGACGCACCCAUAUCUUUCAGUCCCAAAGAAACGAUCUCAUCUGUAUUGCAUGAGUCGUCAACACAAACAGUUUUCAUAGCACUGGAUCAGAACACGAUCAAUUAUUGGUUUACGAGAAAAGGCACCGAGCUCCGAUUUAAGCAAACGGUAAUCGAAGAUGGAAGUGCAUCCCAGUUAAUGGAAACGUUUUUGAAGGAGAUUGGCGCAGGUGUUGAUGUAAGAUGCGAGAAUCGUUCGUUGGAUGUGCUGCGUGAUGAGCCAAAAACCAAGAGAGCGGCCGUCGUUGCCGAUCAAACACAGUCCGCUACCACCUCAGUAAAUUCUUUGCGCUCCUUGUUUCAUGUAAUUAUUGGCCCAGUUGCAGACAUGCUCCGAGAUGAUCAGUUAAUCGUUGUCCCGGAUGGUGCAUUUUGCCUUGCUCCUUAUUCUGCAUUGACUGAGUCGGUCAGGAUCACAACUGUUCCCUCACUAACAGCGUUAAAGCUAAUCAGAGAGUCACCUAAGGACUUCCACAGUAAUACUGGGGCAUUGCUCGUAGGAGAUCCUUCUGUGGAUCAGAUUCCCACGAAGUUAACACAGUUGCCUUACGCCAGAAGGGAGGUCGAGAUGAUCGCGAAACUUCUAAACACCACACCUCUUACUGGAAGAGAUGCAACAAAAAGUGAAGUACUGAAAAGAAUUACCUCAGUCGCUUUGGUGCACAUUGCAGCACACGGAUGUCCGAAAACUGGAGAAAUAGCCUUAGCUCCCAACGUCGAACGGGCAUCACAAAUCCCUAAAAAAGAAGAUUUCAUUUUAACAAUGGCGGAUGUGCAGGCCGUACGUCUUAAAGCAAGACUCGUUGUGCUUAGCUGCUGUCACAGUGGUCGUGGAGAGGUGAAGUCUGAGGGUGUAGUCGGCAUCGCUCGUGCUUUCCUAUCUGCUGGUGCCCGGUCUGUUCUAGUGUCACUCUGGGCGAUUGAUGACAAAGCAACGUUGCUGUUCAUGGAAAGUUUCUACAGACAACUAGCAUAUGGAAAAAGAGCCAGUUUGGCUCUUUACCAGGCCAUGAAAUCUCUUCGCGAGACGCAGCAGUUCAGCGCCGUUAAGUACUGGGCUCCGUUUGUGCUGAUUGGUGAUGACGUCACGCUUGAAUGUGGAGAAAAAAAAUGAAAUGGCGACGCCGAGACAAGAAAGAGGUACUCGCUCAGGGAGCUGACAUGUCGACAAUUUCGAGUUGUUUUAGUUUAACUAUUACGGCUAAUAGCGUCGGGUGUAAUGAUGUUACAUCCAAAAAAUUGUAAAAGUCAUAAGCUUCAUGUUUGCUUUGAUUUCCAGAAUUAUAUUAAGUUAAUUUAAUGAUGAUGAUGAUGCCGAUGAUCAGAAGUCAUGGCCAUGUUAUCAGAUAGAAUGUUCCAUGUACUUGUAUUUGAAAAAAAUCAGUUUAAAAUCAAGUAGAGUUGAUUUAAUUUUUAGCAAGAGUUUUUAGUUAAGUCAUAAAAUAUUUUUCUAGACGUUUCUAAGCAAGGUUAUGAAGACAAUUUUUUCACUAGUGUCCCUCGCUUUAGAAUUUGAUACGUUUUAAAAAAUAAUUGAUUAAUUAAGUUGUAAAAAAAAGUCCCAUGUGGUGAAAAGAAAACUGCAGCUUAGAUCUGCUUGAGACGAGCUAACACCCUAAAGUAACAGCAGUUUAUCCAUGGACCAUUUUAUUUUAUAGCGAAGCGGAGCAAAGCAAAACAGACAAAUCCUGCAAAACCAUUUCCACAUCGUAUACAUGGUGAUGCUUUAAAAGAAAUAUCUUGCAAACUAGUCGGUGAUAGGAAUCGUUUUCGACUACAAAUUUUGGUAGUCAAAUAUUGCACUCCUCCCCAUUCCCUCCCUUCCCGCUCCUCAUAAUAAACACGAAAUUAGAAUGGUCCAUCUGUUAAAGUACUAUAAUGUUUGUUUUUGAAUAGGCUAUGAGGAUACUGAUCACAGCCCAGUAGCUCGAGAGUGGAUUUAAUUCUACUUGACAUUACUCCACUAAUUUUGCCAUUAUAGCCAAGUUUUUUUGUUUUGUCGGGGCCAUAAUCGAUGGCCACUGUUUUCAGCCAUAAAUUGGCUCUAAUUUCGGACUCACUUAAUCGUACUUUAAAAAAUAAAAUGGGCCCAGGUCUUUUAAUUUGUAAAAGAUGGUGGUGUAUGCAUGACCGGCCUAGUGUUCAAUUAGCAAACUGGUGGAAGUGCCCUCCUGUUAUCAUUUGUUCUCUGUAACCGUUAUGUAUUGCCACCAGUCCAAAUUUCGUCUACAUUCCUCCCUCUCCUAUCAAGAGAAAGAGUUUGUAAUGUCUGUAAUGAGGACGAACCAGUGGCGCACUAGUAUGGAGUAAACAGCCCAGUGUUGCAUGUAUAGUAAGUCUAUCCUAUUCAAUUUUAGAGACCAAACAUUUAAAAAAGACGACACACCGUUUAAAUUUGUAAGACAUGUUUCGGAUAUUCAGUAUUCAUCUUCAGUUAAAGGAUGUUUACAAGUGAGUGACUUUAUAUAAAGUACUGUAUAACAAAUAGGUGUAAAUUACAAAAUGUAGAAUAAUAAUACAAAUCAGUGAAAAAAGUUACAUAAUACUUAAACGGUGUGUCGCCUUUUUUAAAUGUUUGAUUUCAAUCUUACUGCUACAAAAAUUUGGCAAUUUUAGAAACAUUUGAAAUAAAACAAUUUUUGUUAUCUCUA